ACCAUUCCCUGCACGACGAGGCCUCCCCGGCCUAACGAGACCGAUGGCGUCGACUAUAAGUUUGUGACGAAAGAGCAGUUUAUAGAGAUGGACCGCUCGGGCCUACUGCUCGAGUCCGGUGUAUAUGCCGCACAUUUCUACGUUUUUCUGAUAGAAAUGAGUACCAUUCCCUGCACGACGAGGCCUCCCCGGCCUAACGAGACCGAUGGCGUCGACUAUAAGUUUGUGACGAAAGAGCAGUUUAUAGAGAUGGACCGCUCGGGCCUACUGCUCGAGUCCGGUGUAUACGCCGCACAUUUCUACGGAACUCCGCUCCCAUUGACUACAUUUCCGACAAACGACUCGCCAAAUCACACCGCAAAUAGUCUACCAAAUUAUGAGCAAAUAUCGAUGAAUACGUCCAACACAUCCCUGGCCUCCAAGCGGCGCCGGAAUCGCUCGAACAUAGCGGCCAUCGACGCCUCAUCCCUACCCCACGGCUGGGAACGCAUAUCGGACGCCCAUUACGGCGUCUAUUACAUCGAUCACAUCAAUAAGAGGACUCAGUAUGAGAGACCCUACGAGACGGAGCUCAUCAAAGGGGUGUCCGGCUUUGGGUUCACUCUCGUCGAGAUUGAUAAGGGUCUAGUAGUGGUCAAAAGUAUAAUCCCUGGAGGGCCGGCCUACUCAUCCGGUGUCAUACAACCUGGCGAUGUGUUGGUAUCAGUGUCGGGCGUGUCAGUGGCCGGUCUCCAACACUCAGACAUUGCCAAACUGUUCGCCACGUUUACGGUGGGCGACAGGAUUAAGCUGACCUUCGCCCGGGGCUACCAACUGCCCCCUGACCUCAACGACGAGGAGAUUGACAUAAUCAGCGUCACCCUAACCAAAGGAAUCCAAGGAUUUGGUUUUACGAUAAGUGACGCGCAUUCCGGGCAAAAGGUUAAGAAAAUACUGGACGUCGACCGGUGCGGCGCCCUAAGGCAGGGCGAUAUACUGAUGUCGAUCAACGGGUGCGACCUGUCGGACAUGUCGCACCUGGAGGUGGUCGACGCGCUCAAGCAGUGCCCGAUCGACGAGUCGGCCGUACUUAUGGUGAAACGCAAGAAGCGGUUCCGCUCGAAGACACCGAUUAUAUUGCAAAAUAACUGGGAAAACGAUAAUUACUUACCGCCGGUGCGCAACUGUAAGACCCCUAAUGCUGAGAUGAUGGGUCGGAUGAGUCACGACUACGCGCCCAACCAUUCUGUGUCCCAAUACAUGACAAAUAGCAACUCCUAUGCAAACGACGGCUUCUACGUCGGCCAACACGAUAUCAAUAACAUUAAGUCUCAAUCGGCACCUCUACUACCGGCGCUCACAUCGCCGAUGGGCCAGAACGACGCCGCCCUACCGACGCCACCACUGCAGGCGUCGAUCGCCAACUCGGAUAUGACGGCGUCGACGGCCACGGCUACUGAGGACGACUACGAGUACUUCCGGGCGUCGCUAUCGCGCGCUGAGUCGGGCUUCGGGUUCCGGAUAGUAGGCGGCGCCGAAGAGGGUCGCAAUGUAGCCAUCGGCUCCAUUGUGAUCGGGGGUGUGGCCCACAGGGACGGCGUGUUGAAAGCGGGCGAUGAGAUCAUUUCGAUCAACGACAGGAACGUUAUGGGCGCCAGUCAUCAAGAGGUGGUGGCCCUCAUGUCCCAAACAGGCCCAAUGGUGGCCAUUCUGGUCAGACGUCGACGCAAUGCCGACACAUACGACGUGCAGCUGUUCCGCGAGGACGCCGAGGGCUUCGGCUUUGUUAUCAUAUCGUGCGGUGACUGCGCCCUCAUUGGCCGCAUCAUUGAAGGCAGUCCCGCACACAGGUGUCAGAGGCUACACAUUAGAGACCGUAUUGUGGCCGUCAAUGGCAUCGACAUCACGUCGCUAACGCACCCGGAGAUCGUGAACAUGAUUAAGGAAUCCGGUGAAAGCCUUCAUUUGCGUAUAAUUCCCGCCGAUUGCUAUACCGUUGAACUGAUCCGCGGCCCCAAAGGGUUCGGCUUCUCGAUCAGAGGCGGCGCCGAAUUCAACGGAAUGCCGCUCUUCAUACUGAGGAUAGCGCCGGACGGGCCCGCCUUCUCGCUGCUCAACAUCGGCGACGAGAUUAUCGAGAUUAACGGCUACUCGACGGUAGGCCUGACCCACGCCGACGCUGUGAACGCCGUUAGUCAGAGCGGGCCGGCAGUCAAACUGAAGCUCAGGAGGAAUUACGUAACGACAGGCCAUUGGGCGCCAAAUAUGCCGCCCAUUCAGACGAUGCAGACAUUCAUGAACUGA